AGGUUUUCAUUGCCCGUCCUUUCGUCGCGGUGUCGCCCUACGAGCGACCAUUUUCCUUCAAACAGCUCCUCGUAGUUUAGUCUUUCAAAAUUGUGGUCGAUCUUUCGAUUUUUUUGAAAUUUUUUUAAAGAAAUCCCCUUCAGCGCCCAAUCGGACUUUUUAGUUGAAACAAUUUACAGAAGAGUUUAGUAUGAAUCCAGAAUACGACUAUUUGUUUAAAUUACUUCUUAUUGGAGAUUCAGGUGUAGGAAAAUCUUGUCUACUUCUCAGAUUUGCAGAUGACACUUAUUCAGAAAGUUAUAUUAGUACAAUUGGUGUGGAUUUUAAAAUUCGAACUAUUGAGUUAGAUGGUAAAACAAUAAAGCUGCAAAUUUGGGAUACAGCUGGACAAGAAAGGUUCAGGACCAUAACGUCCAGUUAUUAUCGGGGUGCCCAUGGAAUAAUUGUCGUUUAUGAUUCGACUGACCAAGAAUCGUUUAACAAUUUGAAACAAUGGCUUGAGGAGAUCGAUCGCUAUGCAUGUGACAAUGUCAAUAAAUUACUUGUAGGAAACAAAAGCGAUCUUACAAUUAAGAAAGUCGUCGACUAUUCAACUGCUAAGGAAUAUGCAGAUUUCCUUAAAAUACCAUUUAUAGAAACUUCAGCCAAGAAUGCGCAAAAUGUUGAACAGGCAUUCUUAACAAUGGCAGCCGAGAUAAAAAAUAGAGUCGGCCCUUCAUCGACACUUGAAGCUCAGACCAAUUUGAAAAUAGAAGACGGCAAAAGAUACACAGCCGGAAAAUCUGGUUGCUGCUGAAUAAAUUCAAACAGAUCGAUGUAACUUCUCUCAGAACCCAGAACAGUACAUAUUCAUUGGAUUUGUUGUUAAUAAUUUAUUAGUCACAAAAAAGUAAAACUGAUUGUACUUUUUUAAUUAAGACAUUAUUUAGGUUGACUCUUCUUGAAACACAAUCUACGUUAACCUUUCAAGAUUUAAGCCAAAUUAUUUACUGUGAUUUAAAUAAGAUGCAAACUAUGAAGUUUUUGAUAAUUUUGUUUGUUUGUUUUCGAACGAUUACCAUAUUUCGUACAACUGCACACUGUCUAAUCUGUGUGGGGUUUCAAUUGUAUUUAUAACAGUUUUAAUUAAAAAGUCAAUUUCUAAAAGAAUUUCAUUUUUCCACCUAGUUAGCGAAGAAUGUUUCCUAAGAAAUUUUGUCA